UUAGAGUGUCUUUCUCUCUCAAAACUUGAUUCUCUCUCUCCCCCAGUAUAUAUUCUGGAGAAAGAAUAAUAUUAAAAACAACCAGAAAAUGCAGGUUAUAUCCAGCUAUGGAGUUUGCUGCACAAUUCAUCAAUUCAACAAUCCUACUUUGUUGUCUACGCAGCAAGCUGAGUUUAUUAUUAAACACGGCCGCCCCAGAAAUUGGUUGUUCCAAACUAAAGGCUCAUCACUUGUUCAUAGACCAGUUCGUUUCAAUUGUCCCCCUAAUGCUGCAAGUUAUUUUGGUAAUGUGGAUGAGCUACAAUCUGAUUACCCAGAUAACUACGAAGCGGAAGACAUUCAGGUAACCACAUCAAUAACGAUCAAGAAUUUGACAGAGGAGAUCAAACAUAUGUUGAGUUCGAUGGGAGAUGGAAGGUCAAGUGUGUCACCCUAUGACACAGCUUGGGUUUCCUUUAUUCGUGAUGAUACUAAUAAUGGAAGCAGCGAAAGACCCCUUUUUCCAUCUUGUCUUAAGUGGAUCGUAGACAAUCAACUUCCUGAUGGUUCAUGGGGCGAGGAGCUUGUAUUCUGCAUAUAUGAUCGACUCUUGAACACACUAGCAUGCCUUGUUGCAUUGACCUUAUGGAACACAUCCCUUCCUAAAAGAAACAAAGGAGUGAUGUUUAUCAAAGAAAACUUAAGCAAGCUAGAGACCGGGGAAGUUGAAAACAUGACUUGUGGAUUUGAAUUUGUGUUUCCUGCUCUCCUUGAGAAAGCUCAAAAAUUAGACAUUGACAUUCCGUACGAUGUGCCAGUCCUAAAGGAAAUUUAUGCAAGGAGAGAGGCAAAGUUUACAAGAAUCCCUAAAGAUAUUAUCCAUACCAUUCCGACAACAGUAUUGUUUUCAUUAGAAGGAUUAAGGGACUUGGACUGGCAGAGGCUUUUGAAGCUUCAAAUGCAGGAUGGCUCAUUCUUAACAUCCCCUGCAUCUACUGCCAUUGCAUUCAUGGAAACAAAUGAUGAAAAGUGUUUGGGAUUUCUUCAAAACGUUGUUGAAAAGUGUAAUGGAGGAGUGCCACAUAGUUACCCAGUUGACAUGCAAGCACGACUUUGGGCAAUUGAUCGAUUACAACGCCUUGGAAUUUCUUAUUAUUUUGCGAAAGAAUUCAAAGAACUUUUUGACCAUGUGAUCAGAUAUUGGAACGAGGAGAUUGGAAUUUUUGGAGGAAGAAAUUCAAACUUUUGUGAUAUCGACGAUACAUGCAUGGCUAUUAGGUUGCUAAGGCUACACGGAUUUGAUGUUAGUCCAGAUGUGCUAAACAAGUUCAAAGAUGGUGAUCAAUUCUUUUGUCUAAGAGGUGAAUUAAACAAGUCACCAACAGCUAUGUAUAAUCUCUAUAGAUGUUCCCAAGCUUUAUUCCCAGGGGAAAAGAUUCUUGAAGAGGCAAAGGAUUUUACGUACAAUUUCUUGCAGCAAUGUCUUGCGAACCACCAUUCCUUAGACAAAUGGGUUAUAGCUAAGGACAUCCCCGGGGAGAUGCAAUGUGCACUAGAAUUUCCAUGGUAUGCUAGCUUACCUCGGGUAGAAUCUAGGCUAUACAUAGAACAGUAUGGUGGAGCAGAUGAUAUUUGGAUUGGCAAGACGUUAUACAGAAUGCCCGAUGUAAGCAACAACGUAUAUUUACAAGCUGCAAAAUUAGAUUACAACAGAUGCCAAAGUCAACAUCGAUUUGAGUGGCUGAUUAUGCAAGAGUGGUACGAGAAGUGCAAUUUCCAACAUUUUGGAAUAAGCAAAAAAUACCUCCUAGUUUCUUAUUUCUUAGCUGCUGCAAGUACAUAUGAGGUAGAAAAGUCAAGGGAACGACUUGCAUGGGCUAAAUCUCGUAUAAUAUGUAAGAUGAUUACAUCUUACUUCAAUGAAGAAGCCACCACUUGGACCACUAGGAAUUCACUGUUGAUGGAACUCAAGGGUUUUCAUGACAUGAGCAAAAAUGGUAAUAAAACAAAAGAGAUGGUUCUCAACAAUCUUCGUCGGUUUUUGCACCAACUCUCCAAAGCAACAUAUGAAGACCUCGGCAAAGAGAUCCAUCACCAACUACACAAUGCAUGGGAAACAUGGUUGAUCUCCUUGAGGGAAGAGAAGAAUGCCUGCCAAGAAGACGCAGAGUUGCUAGUGCAGACAAUUUAUCUUUCAGCUGGCCAUAUGAAACAUGAUGAAAUACUAUUUGAUGCAGAGUACAAUAACCUAUCCAUCCUGACCAAUAAAAUAUGUCGCAUGCUUAAUGAGCUCCAAAACGACCAGAUAUCUGCUGACCAAUGGUGUAGUAGGACUACUGGCAGCUCAAAGACCACUGAUAUUGAAUUAGACAUGCAAGCUCUUGUGAAGCUAGUUUUCGGUAACUACUCAAGCAACAUCAAUCAAGACAUUAAGCAAACUUUUUUUGCAGUUGCGAAGACUUUUUACUACACUGCACAUAUUACAGAGGAAAUAAUCGACAUUCAUAUAUCCAAGGUGUUGUUUCAACAAGUUUAGUAACGUUCUUAGGUAUCUAGUGAUUGUGUUUGUAAUAUCACAUGGUACUUUCUCUCUUUUUUAUAUUUUGUAAUUGUCAUCACUAUCCAUUUGAAACUUCGCUUGUAAUAUGUAGAAGUGGAAUUUGUUAGUGCAUAUUCACAAUUGGAGAACUAAG